AUGAGUAAAAUUUUGUAUUCAAUUGAAGAAUUGAUUGCAAUGAGGCACUCAAGCAUACUAAAACUUGAUCUUAGUCAAUUGUUGCGGCAGCCACCAUCUCAGCUGUAUCGCUCAUACCAUGUAAGUAGGUCGAAAAAAUUUCAUUAUCGGGAGGUUAAUAAUGGACUAAAAGAUGCAAAAGAUUACAGUACUUCAUCAAGAGUAAAAUUAGAGAUGAAAGAGAGAAAUUCUAAGACCUUUCGACCAAAAAAAGAAUUCUCCUCAAGUGCAAGGUCCCAAAUUCUCCCACAAGUUCCUGAAUACAGAAAUGAAAAAACAAAUGUACCACUUCUAGGUACUCAUGGCAUCCCCGAGACUGUGAGACGACUGAACUCUGUUAGUUCGUUUAAUGUUUAUAUAGUUCCAGUUUCUUACUCCUACCUGAUAGCGCAAGAGAAUCAGAUCCCUAUCAGAUUUGUUCCAAUUCCAUAUGUGAUAGGCGCGAUGAACUUCCAUCACGAUGAAAACCGAGAUUCAGGGAGUUAUAACUAUCCAAAAAACGCUCGAGCGUCUGAAGAAGGUAGAGAAUUGAAGAAAAUGAGCCACGAAGAUAAGAAGCGCCAUCAACCAGCAUCGAAUUUUACAGAUCGGGAAAGACUGCACCAAGAAACAACAAACGGAGAUGGGGUGGGUAUGGGAAUCGAGGGAAAACUACACAAUCAAUACUUUGAAGUUAACGCCCCUAAGGCACGUAGAAAGACAAAAUUUUCAUGCGACCCUAACAGAGAGCCCAACAGCAGCAAUCCAUAUUCCUUGACUGGUUUCUUUCCCUCGAAUUUAUUUUCUCAAGGUGUAACAAAUAGUAAUACUAGACAGACAACUCAGAAACUGCAAAAUAGCUCUAGAGAAAGCACAUAUGACAACGAGAGCCACAGUAUCACCGGAUCCUCUUGCGAUAGCUACAAUAUCCAGAUUCAAAUACCAAUACUGAGCUGA